GACCAAAAAGACUUGAAUGAGGGAGUUAAAAUAUUCAAUUGGGGUAGGCGAGUGUCAAAAGGCCUUGGAAUGUGGCCUCUGGCGCCCAAUAACUAUAUUUUCGUGAUAACAUUUUUUUACUUCACCUUUGCGAUGGGCCUUGAGUGGUUGGACUUCAUCAAUUCUCUCCACGAUUUGGACAAAGUUAUUAACAAUCUUUCGGACAGUCUUGCGUUUACUCACACCUUUGUGCGCGGACUGAUUCUUAGGUUCCAUGUCAAGGAAAUACGGAUGCUGAUUAACAGCUCAAUGCAGGACUUUAAUAUUGGUACCUUCAAAAAUUCAACUGAAGUUAAAAUUUUCUUGAAUCACAUCGACAGAGGUAAGCGUGUUACUAGGUAUAUUAUCUUGUUCAUCGCCAUCACGGAAAUCAUUUGGUUUCUUCAACCGCUGGCUAUUCCUGGACAUUUUGUGAGUGAUAAUGGAACAAUCAAAUAUAUUUUGCCUUAUCAAUUUCACAUCGUCUACGAAAUCGACAGUUUUAAAUCCUAUGUUAUAACAUAUAUUUUAUACACCCCUCAUAUGUUUAUUACCGGGUUCAGCCAUUCUUCAACAGAAUGCUUUCUGAUAACACUCGUCUAUUAUAUAAGUGGAAGAUUGGUCAUUGUCGCUGAACGAAUUAAUUGGCUGAGUAAAAAAAAAAAUUUCUGUGAAGACGAUCUUAAUGACAUCAUUAAAGAGUACACAAGAUUAUUAAAAUUAGGAGAAACAGUGAUUAAUUCAUAUAAAUCAUCAUUGUUUAUCUAUAUGAUGAAUUCUACAUUACUUUUGUGUAUUAUUGGAUAUCAAAUUUUGAUUCAUAUAAUGGUCGGUCCAAAGAUCAAAUUAAUUCAUUGUUUUGUAUACAUAUUUACAAUAUACUUGGUAAUAACUGUCUUUUGUAUCGUUAGCGAGCGCUUAAUCGCAGAGAACCAAAAAGUUUGUCAAGCUUUUUGGAACUGUUCUUGGUACAACAUGCCUCCAAAGUAUGUUAAGAAAAUAACACUUUGUAUUCUAAGAUCUCAGAAGCCCCUUGCGUUGAAAAUUGGAAAAUUUUCCUACUUUGGAAUCAGCACGUUAACAAAUACGACAAAAUUGGCGAUGAGUUAUUUGUCGGUAUUACGUCGGUUUAUAAUAACAGAA